AUGCCAACCCUGGCAGCCACUAGCCACCCCGCUACCGCAUACCCAACGAUCCCCCGCCAGAGGCAGGACGGGACGACAAAUACGAGCGCGGCUACAAGAAGCCAGCCGAGGACGUCGUCGAUUGACGACGACAGCCUCAGCAGCUGCGUCCUCGUCGAGAGCGUACCCAAGACGAGAGAAUACAUGGAUUCCCUCGUUCCUCCGGACCGUGACCGGUUCGAGCACAUCGCCCAGGUGCAGGCGGGCAAGGAGGAGGAAGCGAAACGAAGGGCCAAGGAACGACGUCGCAGCAAGUCACGAUCCAUCUCCUCGCUCGGCCACAGCGGUCUCGUCGAGGCCAAGGACGAGCGCGCCGAUGCCGCGAGGGUCAUCCAGAAGACCUUUCGCGGGUACCGCGCCCGCCGGGAGAUGGACGGCUUCAGCCUCGACGCCAGCACCCGCUGGGUGACGGCGAUUCGGGAAGCCCAGUUUCGGCAGUCGACGAAACCCCGCGUCAGGGUCGGCGGAGAGGAGGCUGGCGGCCUGUAUCAUCCGGCUCUCGACGACCCCGUCGACACACGGCCGUCGACGGCGAGGACGAACUGGCGAAAGGCGAGCCUCGUGGCUCUGCGCGCCGGCCACGACGACGCCGACUCCGACUCCGACGCCGACUCCGACUCCGACCUCGACGGCAUGUCCCCCGACGAGAGGGCCGCCUUCAGACGGAAGCGCGAAAAGGCCAAGGCCGAGCGCCGACGGGCGGCUCGCACCAUGGGCCUGCAGUACUUCCUCGAGAUGGUCGACUCCAAGCAUCGGUAUGGCAGCAACUUGCGCAUGUACCACGAGGAGUGGAAGAAGUCCGAGACCAAGGAGAACUUCUUCUACUGGCUCGACUACGGCGAGGGCGCCGGCAUCGAGCUCGACACCUGCCCGAGGGACCGGCUCGCGAGGGAGCAGGUCCGGUACCUGUCGCGGGAGGAGCGCCAGUACUACCUCGCCACCGUCGACGGCGACGGCCGCCUCUGCUGGGCAAGGACCGGCGCCCGCAUCGACACGACGGAGGAGUACAGGGACAGCAUCCACGGCAUCGUCCCCGUCGACGACCCGACCCCGUCCUUCACCAGCUCCCAGCAGCCGCAGCGGCCGCACCCGACCGACGACGGCGGCGCCACCGACACGAGCUCCGAAUCGUCGACCGAGUCGAGGCGGGAGGCCGACCGUGCGGCCAAGUACGCCGCGCCCGAGUUUGACGAGUCCCACGGCCUCCGAAAGGUCACCCACAUCUCGGCAUCGACCAUCUUCAACAAGCUCCUGCGCAAGACGGUGCGCAAGAACACGUGGAUCUUCGUCGCCGACACCUCCUUCCGCCUCUACGUCGGCAUCAAGGACUCGGGCGCCUUCCAGCACUCCUCGUUCCUCCAGGGCAGCCGCAUCUCCGCCGCCGGCCUCGUCAAGAUCAAGAACGGCCGUCUGACGUCGCUGUCUCCCCUGAGCGGUCACUAUCGGCCCCCGGCCUCCAACUUCCGCGCCUUUGUGCGAAACCUGAAGGAGGAAGGUGCCGACACGAGCCACGUGUCCAUCUCGAAGUCGUAUGUCGUGCUCGUCGGCCUCGAGACGUACGUCAAGACGCGCCGCAAGAGCAAGGACAUCGUCGACAAGCUCAUUCGCCGCCGGGACAAGAUGAUUGCUCCCGAAGAAGAAAGGCGGGAGGAGGAAUCUGCGAGAGCCGACAUGGGCACUGGGGAUAAGUUGACGGAAAAGCUGAUGGCAAUACCAUCCCACAUUAAGACCGAGACCCAAGCGGAAAAGUCGACCGUCGCCUAA